ACUGUGGCGAUCAAUUUGCAUCGAAAUAGGCUCGCCCGGUUCGUGUUCAACGAAAUAUAAAUCAAGCGAAGUUUCGUCGAGAUCCAACGUUAAAUAAAUCCACGGAACAAGUACGUUAAAGGUGAACGACAUCGGGCCGGUCCGCCGCUGUUUGCAAACAACGCGACGCUCGGAAGUCGUGCGGCGGUGUUCGUCGACGCGCGAUGACGUCCCUAUCGCGUUCGUAUCUCCCGCGAAGCGUGCACCGACGCUUUUGACGAGGCCGCGCGACGCACAGUUGGACCGAGGCGGUUGUUCCGUGUCACAGUUUUCCGAAUCAUCGCGCGGACGCUCCCGUUUCCUCAAUCGGUUCCGCGGGAGCCCGCAGAGCCCGCGGAUGCCGUCGCGCGUGCAGUUGACGCGCGUUGUGCCAGCAGUUUUGGCUACCAACGCGUGCGGUAUGCGCGAUAGGAUUGAAAGAAACGUUCAACCUAUUCGCGCCACGACGGUUCCGGCGUUCGGAUGUGUUCGUACGGCUUCGUUCGCGUAGAAGAGCGUGCGGUAACCUGCGCCCGAGGCCGCGGUUAACUAGUGCGCGGGCGAGAACCGAAGCCGUCCGUCGCGACGCUUUGUUUACGCGCGUAUCAGCCGUGACGGGCCGAUGAUCGGACAGGCGCCCUUGCGUGCACCGCCCGUUAUCCGAGCACCUUCCGAGUCGCGAUUAGUCGCCUAAUCGUCGUGCUAACUCGUACAGUCAGUACGUUACCGCGCGUCCUAUCAUCGCGACGACGAUACCGCUGUCGGCCAGUGAUUGCUCCGUUGUUGUGAUUACCGAUUAGCUAGGAAUUUCGCGGCUACUUUAACGAUAAAUACAUGUCUGGUAGUAGGUAUUCCUCUGUUGUUGAUAGUUUUUUUUACCAACAUUGAUUCUAGAGAACGUGUGUAUAAUAAGUUACGUUGGAUAACCUCGGUACUCGGGUUCAACUUGUUGGGUCGGUGUUAAAAGAGUUGAGUUCAUCAUGGAUUACACGUCGAACAUCGCCGCGGUCUUCUAAUCUUCCACCGACGGGGAACCGAUCCCGAUCCGCGUCACGUGCGCGCGUGUGCCAUCCGCGCGUCUGCCGGCGACCGAUCGCCGCUCGCGUGGUUCCGUCGCGAGUUAGUGUGUGUUCUCAGUGUGUGACCUCCCAUGCCGGGAAAACGUGACGAUCCGGCGCAAGUGACACGCUCCGAGGUUCGAGGGGUCGACGAUCAGCAGCCUUAAUCCAGGCCUGGGUAUCGACUUUAUCCGCUCGUACGUGGUCCAGAUCACGCUCAGAUAUGCCGCCGGCCGGUAAUGAAGGACUGUGACAACCUGGCGGACGGCUCGGAGCGUGACUCCCCUUGGAGCUGUGGGGGUGGCAGCGGCAGUGGCCGCAGACCCCUCACCUCCAUUAUCGAGCACCUACGCACCUCCAAAAGCAGACUUCAUAAUGGUUCGGAGAAGAACGGAUUCCCCGAUGGCGGUGGUCCUUACGCGUAUCAAUUCGGUGAGGUGUCAGGUGAAAACGUGUCCGCGGGUUCUGGACCACGUGGAGGCGAUCGCGAAGAGGCGACUGACUUAGACACACACACGGAAAACAACGACGGGGCCACCCUGGCCGCCAACACAGCGGUCGACGCUAGGGGCGGAAGCCCCCAAGGUGCCCACCUCUCUGGUGCAACUACCCCUAGGCCACCUAGGAGUCGGAGGCGGCAGAAUCAGAAUGGUCUCAACACUACUCAAGUCAAAACAGAGCGUCUCACGCCAGACAAUAAUUCAACGUCUUCGAGAAGCGUGACGCCGUCGUCGUCUAGCCAUCCAGGAACGCCGCCAAAUGCUACCCCUUUGGGUGGACCUGAGGGCCCACCACCACCCUACCACCUCAAGCACAUGGAGCAGAUGAUGGAACAAAACUGUAGCGAUUUCAUGAGAAGGCUUGCUGCCAAGUACAAUAACGCCAACCCUAACGAUUACUUCAGUUCACCUAGGAACGGCUACCCUCCCGGUUUAGAUCCAAGGUUUCCGGCGUUUAAAACGGCCGCGACGCCCUUCGUCGGUUUGAUGGCGCCUCUGGGUGCACCUCAACCAUCGACUGUACCAACCACCUCACCUCUUUCUAGCAAAGACCCGAAGGAACAGAAGCAAGACAGUCUCUUCGGCAACCCGGUGUUUCCGCCUAUGCUCGAUAUGUCGUCGACGCAGGCUCUCUUGCACAUGGUGAGGACUGCGAACGCCGCGCAGAAUGCAGCUGAACUGGAAACCUACCUUAAAGGUGCAAACAAAAGAGACGCCGGUGUGACGAGUCCCCUGGACCUGUCGACUCCAGGAGGAUUCGCUCCUCGCAAGAGGCAGCGAGCGGAGACCAGGAGACCUGGAAGCGUAUCGCCCAAACCGAAGGCAACUCCGAGGCCCACAACACCACCCCCGGUUAGGUGUCCGUCUCUCUGCGGUCACAUGCCCUGCGGCGACGGCCAAGCUGUGAAUCGAUGGACCAUCGAGGAUGUCGUCAACUACGUGUCAUCGAUAGAUAGCUGCGCGGAGUACGCACAGAACUUCCGCGAGCAUCGCAUCGACGGUGCAGCGUUGCCGCUUCUCUCCGAGGACCACCUGACGGGCCCCAUGGGGAUGAAGCUGGGCCCGGCCCUGAAGCUGCGGGCCCUCCUGGCUCGAAAGCUCGGAGCCUGCACGGUGUGCUUGCAUUGCGCCCACUGUCAUCAGUCACCUCUCCCAGCGCUGACCGCGGCCGCAGCGGCGGCAGCGGUGUCGCAGCAGCAACACCAGCAACAGCAACAGCAACAACAGAUCCCUGGCAGACGACCGAGCAGCACGGGCAACUGACACAUGAUGGCGGGGCCUCCACUGGUCUUGCAGGGCGCAUCGACGUUCUCUUCGGACCCGAACAGGGCCCUCAGGAUAGAACGACGCGUGCAACGUCCGAUUCGCAAGCCGGAAGUCAUCUUCAAGAAACCAAUCAAGCAGUGACGCUGCACCUGUGUGGCCGUCACCGCGGACGCUAGUGUUUUGGAGACUCCGCCUAUUGUUUAAGUGUUCGUUUGGGACAUCGUUCGUGGGGGACAUGAGUAAAAAGAUAGGGAAACGAUGAGGAAGGAGACGGGAUCUUUCUGAUAGUUGCAAUCGAGUACCUGGAGAAAGUGCUGCGAAGGAUCCUUGAAACACACGAGAAGGGUUACGUAAUGCGAACAUUUGUGUCAUAGACUGUGCUGCCUUAUUAAUUCGAGAUGGGGUUAGCUGGCCUUUCUAUACUUCUAUCUCUAUUCUUGGAAUAGUUUCGAGUGGUCUUGAAUAGUCUGGUAUGUUCAGUGGAAUGACCUUUUAAGUCUUCCAGCUCCAGGGAUGCUUCUCACCCUAUCUUCCAAAACUACCCACGAGAUUAUCAACUCGAUUAUGUUCAACCUUUAUCACUACAAAACUUUUACAGCUCACUGUCAGUUGGAGUUACAAGGGUUCAAGUAGGAAAUACAAUUGGCGUUGAAUAUCGACAUUUAUUUUGUUCUCUGGAUCUAGACUGAACUUUCCUCGCUGUGUCUGUGGGUGCUCCUCGUUAAAAAUGGCGUCAUUGCUGAGAAAUUUGGAGUUAUAAGGGUUCAAGUAGGCAAUUACAGUUGGAUUGAAUAUCGACAUUUAUUUUAUUCUCUGGAUCUAGACUGAAUUUUCCUCGCUGUGUCUGUGGGUGCUCCUCGUUAAAAAUGGCGUCGUUGCUGAGAAAUUAUAUAUAGAGCAUAUUGUGAACCUGAACACCUAGACUGCGCAAAAAUUAUUAUUGCACAUCCAAGAAGUACUAUCGUUCAAAUUAACGCCAGGGCCAGCUACCGACACAAAAUCAUUGUAAAACAUGUUCCCAAACGAGUGUUCGCAUUAUCUUCCGCAACCCCUGCCGGUGGCAAUACGUGACUUCGGCGCGUUGUACUUAGACACCCGAGUAUGUUAGAAUCAAGUCCACGGUUACUUGAUUCUAAAAACGAAUCCAGAGUUGAAGACUCGCUCAAUCCUCGACGCUACUUCUCGCCUACUCACGGAACUUGUUGCAUUGGCUCGUACCCAUCCAGCUGCACGGAUGCGAACCAAGGACAAUAAUAUUUAAAAGUUCGUUGCGCCGCGAGGAAAGCGAUCGAUAUUUUUCAAGCAAGCUCCGAAGUACGUGGAAGCUGGUACCAGUUGUGAUUAAUUCCGACGACGUUCUAGACGAUCGGCGGAUACUCGGUGCCUGAAACGAGUGUAUUCGCAAACCGAUUUAGAUUUCGUUUAAGAAGCGGCUGCCGGCGAUACAGGUCCGGCGCGGAUGUUGUCAGCCUGACGUACAAGGUUGAGAAUCGAGUAUCCGUAAUUGAGAAUCCGUGUUCAACGUUGAAUCGAACACGUUGGCUGAUGUUGACAGACUUGUAUCACCGGUCGGUCUUCUGGAUCUCGGCGAGACGAGGCUUUCUUUCAUUCUCUUUAACCGGGAGGAAGCGGAGGGUAACUAACAAGUGUUAACGUUGUUGCGUUGCCGCGGAAUCCGGUUAUGAAUUAGAAAUAGACACGCGAUCGCAGCGAAGAUGCCUGGAUCUGUAUAAUAACCGAAUUAAUUGGCUCUAACGUUCGCGGCAGAAAAAGAAACGAUAUCGUGCGCCUGCGGGCUAAUUCAAAUUACAUCCUCCUCGUUGAAGAACCGUACGCCAGCCCAAUUAACCGGAAUUACGCCGUCGAUUGCUCGACAAUAAUUACAGUAACACCUUGUAUAGAAUGCUCAAAAAUUGAGACAGCCGAUUAUCAAUAAGCGAAGCACGAGAAUCGUUUCGUUGCAAUAGGUUGAACUUUAAUGGCUUGGUUGGAAAGGGUUUUUAACGGGAUGUAGCGAAAUGGAGAUCGAGCUGAAGAGACACGUGGUGGGGAAAGUUCUUGGGCAUAGAAUUUUAUCAAUAUUCGAUACACUACUGUAACUUGUUGUAGUGUAUAGACAAUCAAUAAUUACAGUGGUGCCUUUAGUAAUGCUUAAAAAACGAAACAGCUGAUUAUUUAUCAAUAUGUGAAGCACCAAUAGAGAAUCGUUUCGUUACAUCUUGUCAAUAUUCGAGGUAUUACUGUGACAUAUUGCGAUGCAUCGACGCGUCCAUUUCGUAUUCCUAAUUAUCGAUUUGGUAAAGUUAAAUGGAAUUGUUGGAAAAAAGAAUGUUUUACGAAGGUAAUCCUGGGGAUGCUGGUUAUGGUUGUUCAACUACGAUACACGUAUCGCGGAGGAAGUAUUAUCGAAGAUCAACGAAACGAGUGCCUAUAUCCAGAAAGUCUUCCAAAGGCUGGCCUUUCUUAGAGAAUACCAUUAUCGAACGAGUCGAUGAUUUUUGUGAUCCACGCGCAACGAUUCGUUGAAAUCAGCCCUGCUGAUUUACUGGUACCUUUUGCCUGAGAACAGUUUCACGGCGACAAAGGCUGGAAAUUAUUCGAACCUUUCCAUGUGGCACGUUUCGUUCAUGAAAAUGAAAUUAGUAAUACGAAAACAAGUGAAAUAAGUAUCUCCUGUUGUUCAUAUGAAAAUUCUUUCAAGCGUUGAUGUUUGUUUAAAUUAAUAUUUGUUCUUUAAUUUCUGCGUUAAUGAUCUGUAACCAAGAUCAAACCCGUUGAAUUUAAUUGCUUUAAAAUUGUUCAUUUUCCACUCACCAGCAGAUGCAUUUUGUAUUCGAAAGUGAGUGAAAAAUUCUAUUCGAAUAAUAUAUCACAAAUAAGACCAACUUAUAGAUUUAUUUACGAGAUUUACUCAGUUACAUGAUAAUAUUCAAUAAUAAAUAAACGUACAAGGCGGUCUAUUUUUUUUUUCAUUCGUGUCCGAAAAGUUUCAGUUGUUAACGCAGAAUCUAAUUUCGAUUAAACGAAUAAUGGACGAAAAGUUUUCAUCCUCUAUUCGUUACUCGAAAUUUGUAUCGAGUUUCUAAAAUACUCUAUGCGACCAUAAUUUUUAAAUUUUUAAGAAUUAAACCCAUUUGGUUUCCCACGAUAUAAAAAUACUUCCUAUUUAAAUACUUAAUGACAUCAAUUAUGAAUAAUUAGCCAGUGAAUUAGUCACAGGAAAGUCGAAUAAUUUCACGAACCCAACACUGACAGUGGUAAACCGAAAAAAUUACCAUUACCGAUCGUCGUGAAAUAAAACUGACGGAGAUCAAAUUAAGGAGAAAGUAUGCUAAACAUACCGGAGUGUAUCUAUUAAAUAAUUGUUGUUCGCGUGCGAAGAGAUUGAAUGAGAGAACGAUCGUGCAGAAGGGAGAGAAAGAUGAAAAAGAGACAACAUUUUAUUAGAGAAAAAUUAAUGUGCAAUAAAGGAACGUUUCGACACGGUACUUUUAACUAUGAUAGGAGAUACGUAUUUGCUCAAAUCGUUGUUUCUUUUAUAUAUUUUAACGAAGUUUUUAUAUGAAUGAAUUAUAAUGAUAAAUAUACUAAAUUAUAUUUUUGCUAGCGUUCUACGUGCAAAAAGGAGUGAACUCCGCACACGUAUAUACAUUCAUAAACCGUACGAAAACAAGAAAAAUACAUGUAACCGUACACACACACGCGUGCGCGCGCGCGCGCGCGCAUACACGCAAACACGCAUACACGUUCACGCAUACUCGAUACGUAGCAAACGGCAUAGAUUUACGAGCGACGGACCCGUAAUAUAAAUAGCUUAGAAGAAUUGUAAAUUAACUUUCCUUUUUUUUUUUUCUUUUUUUCUUCUCUGAUUUACAACGUUUGGCGUUUAUUUAUUUAGAAGUAAACCGUUGCCUUAUUGUAUUCACGUAUAACAGUUAAGAUGUAAAAGCGACGUCCUAGGAGAAGAGAAAUGGUCGGGAGACAAUGUUAGAUUGAAAAAAAGUUGGUAAGUUCGUAAAAAAAAUGAGCAGUAUUUUUAGAUUUACAUUAGCCUGAAUUUACUGCAGACUAUAUACGUUUAUAAUUGUUAUGUACACGGACACUUACACACGCGACGACGCACGCGCGAAACAUCUACACGUGCUUCC